UGCAGCCCUUGAGUCAAUGUGAUCAAAAGCUUUCAAUCCAUCUGAGUCAGCCACAUUGGUCCGGCUGGCUUGUCUCGUCGAUAUCCGUUGAGGCCAGAAGCGGAGUUAUGUUUGAUGACAUCAUGCUUGGGCUCUCCUCCACCACCAUUUUGAGACAGCAAUACUGUAAUCAGUGACUUCAACCAGACUAAGCCUCUGGCAAUCAGUGCCAAACUUUACUUACAAGUCAAUUGACUCACACUAACUGCGAUAAAGGCGAUAUCGUGCCGGUGACACUCCCGGUCUCUAGCCCCAGACCGGCCCGAGUCUUCGGAACCGGCCUAUCGGAGCCGAUAACGACCCUUUAAACGGCGCCUUCAACCUCGAGACUUCCCCUCAACAAUAACGCCUUUUAUCCCAAACCAUCACCACGAUGUCUCCAGCAACAUAUUAUAUCGCAAAGCCAGUCCGAGAUGACUUCGAAGAAUGGUCCAAAUUAUUCCGCGCCUACAUCGACUUUUACAAAUCCAAAAUCGACGAGGCUCAAUACGCGCGGACUUUUGAUCGCAUCAUCGAAGAGAAGAAUGGACUGCGAGCGCUAGUUGUGCGGCAGGUUAAGGGAGAUGAACAAAAACUAGUUGGGAUAGCGCAUUUCUUUCCGGAGCAGACGCCUUGGAGCGAGAAGGAAAUCCUUUUACUCAAUGACUUGUUUGUUGAUCCGGAAGUUCGCGGGGAGGGACUUGGGAGGAAGUUGACGCAGGCUGUUGCGGAUUUUGCGAGGGAGAAGGGGUUUCUGAGGGUGCAGUGGGUUACCAAGCAUGAUAAUACUGCGGCGCGGAAGCUUUAUGAUACUCUUGCCGAGAGUCAGUUUGUUCAGUAUAGAAUGACUUUGUAAUAGAAUAGAGAGCAUCUAAUACGAUAUUGACCUUUCCACCACGGC